AUCGGCGACUACGAGAGGAACGCAGGUAAUCUCUAUAGCAGGCAUAUCCAGAUAGAUGGAGAGAUGUUGGCUAUUCAAGUGCAAGAUACUCCAGGAGUUCAGAUCCAUGAACACAGUUUGCACUGUAAUGAGCAGUUGAACAGAUGCAUUCGCUGGGCUGAUGCCCUGGUGAUCGUCUUCUCCAUCACAGACUAUAAGAGCUAUGAACUGCUCAGUCACCUUUACCAUCACGUUCGACAGUUGCAUCCAGGAAACGCAGUCCCCAUCGUCAUCGUCGCAAAUAAAGCUGACCUCUUGCAUAUCAAAGAGGUGGAGCCUCAGCAUGGACUUCAGCUGGCCAACAUGCUGGGCUGUACUUUCUACGAAGUAUCCGUCAGUGAAAACUACAACGACAUCUUCAAUGCAUUCCAUCUCCUCUGUAAAGAAGUCAGUAAACAGCAAACAACCAGCACCCCGGAGAGAAGGAGAACCUCUCUUAUUCCACGGCCAAAAUCACCCAACAUGCAGGAUCUGAAGAGAAGGUUCAAGCAAGCUUUGUCUGCCAAAGUGAGGACUGUCACUUCUGUUUGACAGCAGAACCGUUGGUCUUCUUUAUCCCAAGACUGAAACCUGGGGCGUUUGGCACAUCUAGAGUCUGAGGCAUUGUGAAAGAAGGAUGGUUUGGGUAGCUUUCUUGCAUGGCUGUAGAAGUUCUUAAGCUGUUGCUUAAAAAACAAACAGUGGCAGAUUGGAAAAGGAAAACAGACUCAAAAACUCUUGAAAUAGUUCUAGGAUGUGACUUGCAGAACAAGUAUUUUCAUUUGGAAAAAGACCUUUUUCAGUAAAUGAAACAAGCUUUCAGUUUGCCUUUUUUUUUCCAGUUGGACAGAUUUGGUUUUCAUUUGUGCAGAAACAACCUUUUAGCU